UCGGAGGGAGUGGUCGACGUGUGUCACCGCGCGAACGCGUUUUUUUUUUCUCAGUAUCAAAUAUAAACGGAUACAACAAUCGAGAAUAAUAAUCGCACCAAGUCCCCGUCGACGUCGACACAAAAACAAAAUUCUCAUAAGUCGUGAAAAAUUUUCCUCGGCCAUACCGGAAUAAUGUUUACGAUAACAAGAGUACCGGUCAACAGUGACAGAGUGAUUCAUUUUUUGCGUUGAGUAAUAUUCAAUAAUCCAUACUUUCCUCUGAGGAAAAAUUUGUGUUUCGGUGGUGAAUAGCUGGAAGCGUUGAGCUUCAUUUGUUUUUUGUUGUAUCGUGGAACAAUUUAUAUCGUGGAACGGUAGAGGCCGUUGAUUCAGUGUGUGUUUUUCGUGAUUCUCGGAUUAUUGUCAUUUUAUUUGGUGUUUAUUUGAACCACGGAAUAAGGACUUGAAGAUGACGGCAGACGGACUGUUUGAGACCACCAGCAUCCCGGGGCAUCUCGCUCCCACGCCAGAACGACUUGAGCGGCUUCUUUCAAAACAGACCCUCGAGGAACUCUAUGAGGUUGAGGAACAACCUUUCGCACGAGGAAAGUACGCUACAGUGAGACGAUGCAGGGAGAGAUCAAGUGGUAGACAGUGGGCAGCCAAGUUCCUCAGGAAGAGACGACGUGCACAGGAGCUGAAGGCUGAAGCUCUUCAUGAAGUCGCGGUGCUGGAUGCCGCGGCACACUGUCCACAACUCGUUUCGCUUCAUCAAGUAUUUGAGACAAAUACCGAGAUGGUGCUUGUUCUAGAGCUUGCUCCAGGUGGUGAACUACAGAUGGUACUUGACAGGGACGAAGUGCCAGAGGAGCAUCAAGUCGUCAGGCUUCUUCGACAGAUUCUCGAUGGUAUCGCCUUCCUUCACUCCUUCAACGUGGCACAUCUCGACAUCAAGCCCCAAAAUUUGGUUCUAACCGGUGAAUUCCCGGACUGCGAUGUAAAGCUGUGUGACUUUGGAAUUUCAAGAUAUAUAAGUCACGGUGCAGACAUCCGUGAAAUUUUGGGCACGCCCGAUUAUGUUGCUCCUGAAGUCCUGAACUACGAGCCGAUCAGUCUAGCAACGGACAUGUGGUCGGUGGGAGUUUUGCUGUACGUUCUCCUGACAGGAUGUUCACCAUUCGGCGGUGACACGAAACAGGAAACAUUCUGCAAUAUUAGCCGAUGUCGCCUCGAUUUCCCGGAUGAUCUGUUCGAGGAUGUGUCUGGAGAGGCUCGUGAUCUCAUGCAAAAGCUGAUGGUCAAGGAUCCAAGCCAACGCCUGACGGUGACGGAGUGCCUGGAGCACCCGUGGUUCACCGGAUGCAGGAGCCCAGAGAUCCCCCUCUCAAUUCCACCAAUGGAAAGCAUCACAGACGACUAUCCGCUGACUUCACCAGUGGUCCCUCCAGAGGAGACAUCAUUACCAGAAAGAUCAUCAACCCCAGAGCCCACAGCAAUCAUUGACUCUGUCCAGAACUCCCUAGAUUCGAUUCCCGCCCUGAAAUCCCUCUCCAAGGAUUCGAAAUUCGAAUCAAGAACAUUACCGAAGCUCUCGGAUUACAGAAAAAGUCCGGCCAUGCCCUUGAGGAUUGGCCUGAGUCCAGACAGAAGGGACACCUUCAAGAAGAACAUGGACUCACUAGCCCAGAAGUUCUCAUCAGGUGAAAUAGUAAUUAUCGAGCAAAACGUGGCAACCCAGAGACGAGCCAUUGGCAAUCACACGAUGCCAGCCGGUGAAGUCUUCAAGUGCACACCAGUUUUUAUUCUGGGUGAGGAGCAACAGUGCGACAGCGGUAGUGACACUGUAUCCGAGAUAUCAACGGACAGCUCGAGCGAUCGCAGUAGCAUUUACUCGGACGACUCCCUGGAUUUUAUUCUUUACGGUAAAAGCCAAGGUAGAGCGAGUUUUCCAUUCGCAGGUACUGAGACAGACCGAUGGGAUCACAGACAUCACACGAGGCCCUGGCCAAGAGAGUGCAAUGGCGUUGUCAGCAAGGCACUCAGUCGUUUCACUGCUGAUCCCUCCAGCAAGGCAUCCAGGGCAACUGUUCCACCCUCCAGCAGAGCUAAAACUGGUCUCGAGGCACUCAGGGAACGUGGUGGCAAUCUUGUUGUCAUUCGUGAGCCUGUCAGGGCUGGGAGAUACACGAGGUACAGCGAGGUACAGUGUGAGUCUGUCCAGGCGAGGAUCAGAAGGUUCCAGGUUCAGGGUGGAUCGUAAAGAAUGGAUUAGCCUUAGGUAAAGCUUUCUUAGGUAAUCGUCGAUCUCCUACAAGGAUGAUAACACGGAAAACAGGGAAAUUGUCGUUCUACUCUUGUUGAGGGACGUAUGAAAUUAAUCCAGAGAUAAUCGGUGGUUUUCGUUUGGAAAUUCUCAAUCUUUUCUCCAGGUAUAUCUCUGAAUACGAAACUCAGGGUUCAUUCAAACACAUUUUCAUCGAUAAUUGUUCAUUAUUUAUCAGUGAUAAUUGAGAGAUGAAAGCAUUGGGCAUGAGAAUUUCAAUUGGUGUUGGGCACUUUGAGGUUCUGGAGUCCCUCAACCUGAGGCAUCAGGGUUGUGAUUGUGCAUUGGCGUGAAUGAUUAUUUUGGAAAAUUUUUAUUGUAAAUAGCGAUUGGAUGGGUGAAACUGGUGUUAGCUUGAUGUACAUAUGUAUUAGGGAUUGAUGAAUGAGUGAGAAAGUGAGAGGGGUAGAGGGAGAGAGAGAAAGAAUGAGUCAAGAGAUUAAUGUGAAAUGCGGACGCAAUUUGUCCUCUGCCAAUUUAUCAAUAGACUGACUGGCCGUCCCCACGAGAUAAUUGCGAAUCGGAUUGAGUACGCAAUGUACCGAUAAGUGUUCGUCAAAUAAACGCCAUAUUAUAGAUGAAUUGACCAGCGCGUCAAAUCGUGAAAGAGAGUCAUAGCUUUUUGUUUUUUUAUUUUGAGGUGUUACUGUGACUCUUUUUAACGAUUUGAAUGUGAAAAACUUUAAUAUCUUGGGUGCCUUUGUUAGUAAUCCUUAAGUCCACUGUAUACAAAACGCACAAGAAAUCACAAAUUUUUGAGAAAAAUGUAGUGCCUACUCCUGUAUUCAUCGAUUUAUUAUCGUUUUACGAUAAUUGUGAGGUAGUGUUUCAUUUGAAAAAUGAUUCAGUUUUGAGGGAUUUGGUGAAUUUGGGGAAUGAGAGUUUGAGAAUAUUGUAACGGGGAUAUUGGAUUAUUUAAUUUUUGUUAUUCAACAGUGCUGUGCCUUAUGCAAUCCCGAACGAAAUUUUAUAACGUCGUACGAUCAAAAUUGAGAGCCUAAACGAGUUUUUAGGCAUCUUUAAUUCAUGUCGCUGACAUUUUUUUCUCUCAACACUUUACCAUUUAUCCUCGAUUAAAUAAUUGGUGAAUGGUUAAAGUUGAAUACGCAUUGGAUAAUAAAUUAUUGUUCAUCAGGACAUCAAAUGUUAUCUUCGAUGGAUAGACUGACUCAACCACUUAUCAGGAAAAAAAUAUUAUCAAAAAGAAUAAAAUAUAUCAAGUGUUCUCAGGUAGAAAAGUGACGAACGCGAUAAUAAAUCCGCUGAGUGAUUAGAAUUAAAAUUAUCAGUAUGGCGUUGUAGGAAGAUUAAUUCGUGUACAUUAGUAUUUCGUAAUUUAAUUUAUCGUUUAAUAUCUCCUACGAAUUGUUUUUUUUUUUUCCUUCAAACUUAAAUUAUUCUGGAAUCGAAGCUGGUGAUGGCAUGUUUUUUUCCUUCUCUAGAAGUUUUUUUUUCUUUUUCUUUUUAUCACUUCUUUUUCUGAAUCAGCGGCCACGAGCAAUCGAGAGUGUUGCACCCCUAUUUGUAAAUGCUAGUCAUAAUUUUUUGCAUCACUCUGAGAGCAUCUGGUCAAAAUCUGUUGUUGAAGUGUAAUUACAAUUAUAUUUUUCUCCCGCAGAAUGUAAUACUCGGUGUGACGAAUAAAAUUGAUGCUCGCUCAAUGUUCUUUCUGUUGUGAUUCAAAAAUUGAAUAAGACGAGAUAAAAUUUAAAGAAAAAAAAAACAUGGGGAAUCAAA